AGGAUGGUGCAGCGUGUGGCAGUGAUCGGGGCUGGUCCCUCUGGUUUGACUAGUGUGAAGGAGUGCCUUGAUGAGGGCUUGGAGCCAACCUGCUUCGAGAGCAGUGAUGACAUGGGUGGACUCUGGAAGUUUAAGGAGGUUUCAGAGCCAAACAGGGCCAGUAUCUACCGCUCUCUUACCAUAAAUAUCUCCAAAGAAAUGAUGUGCUUUAGUGACUUUCCGAUCCCUGCUGACUACCCAAACUACAUGCACCACUCAAAGAUCCUACAUUAUUUCAGGAUGUAUGCUGAACAUUUUAAAGUACUACAGCAUGUUCGAUUCCAGACCUCUGUGAAAAGUGUAAAACAGAGACCUGACUUCACCAGAACUGGACAAUGGGAAGUUAUCACGGAGACGAAAGAUGGCCAAGAGGAAAGACAUGUUUUUGAUGCAGUAAUUUGUUGCUCUGGUCACUACACAUAUCCCAAUCUCCCGCUAAAAGACUUUCCAGGAAUUGAGACAUUUGAGGGAAAGUACUUCCACAGCUGGGACUACAAAGGCCCUGAAGGCAUGGAAGGAAAGAGAGUGGUGGUGAUUGGCAUUGGGAACUCUGGAGGAGACAUUGCAGUGGAGUCCAGCAGAUUUGCAGAGCAGGUGUACAUGAGCACUCGGCGAGGUGCCUGGGUCAUUCGGCAGGUGUCAGACAACGGACUCCCAGUCGACAUGAAAUACAACACCCGAUUUGUCCACAUUCUCUUCCAGCUUCUACCAAUGAGUGUCUUGAACUGGAUUGGAGAGGGCAAACUCAAUGCCAUGUAUGACCACACCAUGUACGCUCUGAAACCCAAGCAUCGGCUGUUCAGUCAGAUUCCUGUGAUAAAUGAUGACCUGCCCCUGAAAAUCCUGUCUGGCUCCGUCAUCAUUAAACCAAAUGUCAAAGAAAUCUGUGGAUCCAAUGUCAUAUUUACUGAUGGCUCUGUUGUUGAAAAGGUUGACAUAAUUGUUUUUGCUACAGGCUACAACUAUGACUUCCCAUAUUUGCCCAAAAAAGUUAUGUACAGAACUGGCCAUCGCGUUGGCCUGUACAAACAUGUGUUUCCCCCGACCCUUGAGCACCCGACUUUGGCUGUGGUUGGAUUCAUCCACGCCCUGGGAGCCAUUAUGCCCCAGGCAGAAAUGCAGGCACGCUGGGUUACACGGGUGUUUAAAGGCCUUAAAAAGCUUCCUCCAACCCCAGCAAUGGUAAAGGCUGUGGAGAAAGACACUAAGGACAUUGAAAAUAACUACGUAGUGUCCAAGCUGACCCCAUUGCAAGUGGAUUUCGUUUCCUACAUGGAUGAUCUCGCCGGGGAGAUUGGAGUGAGGCCAAGUCUACUGUGGCUCUUCUUCACAGACUAUUCCCUGUUUAAGAAGGUCCUGUGGGGUCCUGUCACUGCCUAUCAGUACCGCCUCGUAGGACCCGGGAAGUGGGAUGGAGCACGCAGGGCAAUCUUCACCCAGUUUGAUCGCAUGUACCAAGCUCUCAAGACAAGACAGGUUGAAGAAGAGUCAGACGUAUCCUACUUUGGGAGACUGAUGAAGCUGACUAUGGCUGUGAUGGCUGGUGGAGCUGCUGUGUAUUACGUUCAUAAUCGCAAUCCAGACACCAUGCCCAGCCUGAUUUCAAAGAUCCGCUCAAUAACUUUCUGAAACAAUUGCCCGAGAAAGUGAAAGUUAUUAUUUGUUUGCCUUAUUUGUUUUAUAGGCUGUGAUUUGCAUGGAUAGAAUGUUGAUUUGUUGUACGCAAAGACUGUAAAAUCAUGACCAAUCUUUUAUUAUAUUACCAUACAUUUUAACAUACUCUGUAUGUUGCUGUAAUCUUUUUGGUUAUCAAUGGAACUCAAAAGCAUUUUAACACAUGUAUUCCCAGUUUUGUCAAAAAAAAAAUGUAACUCCAAUUUUUUCAAUGCAUGUGUGAAGUUAUUUGAGUGUGCCCCCUGGUGAUGAAACAUUCUAUUCUAUUGCUGGUUAAAACCAGUGAAAAGAAAAGUGGUUAUUCAAGGCAAUUAGGCAGUGUAUGAAAUGUAAAAUCAGUUUGGUGUGAUAUCACUCUAGUGGACAAAUCUUUUAUUAUUGACAAUUUCUUUCGAUUUAAUUAAAUAAAAUUAUGUAAUUAAAUACAUUUCUUUCUAUUUAAUUACAUAAAAUUAUGACAGUUUGUUUUUUGUACAAAAUACAGUCCUCUUGCAAUGACUGAAGACAUAAAAAGAGUUUUUUGGUUGUUUUUUUUUCAACUUUAUUGCUCUUGUUUUGUGACAAAAAAUCCAUUUUCUGUUUGUAUGUUAACAUCAAAAUCAGUCUGUGACAGUGGUUUGUAAGGUGUAUUUUAGGUAAUGUAACUACAUUAGCAUUGUCUUAUAUCAGUUUUUGCGUUGGCUUGGCAUUCUUGUUUGCCAAGAAUGCCAAGCUUUCUUUAUAAAGUUUUG